AUGAUCUGGUCACCACAUGUUCAGUUUGCUGAUACCUCUGUUUUAGAAUCUUAUCUUUUGUCCUACCCUACUCAGUAUCUGAGUUAUAACCACAUGAGAUUUUCAGAUUCUCAAGACUUGAUCCAUCGGUUAUUUGUCUGCAUCUCUGGUGUUGCGGAUCAGCUUCAAACAAACUAUGCCAGCGACUUACGCAAAAUCUUAAAGUGUGUGUUCUUGAUGAACCAGAGCCCCCUUGAGGAGUCCCCCAAGAGUGAGCAUGGUGACCAACCUGAAUGGUCUGUUGCCACACAAGACCAGGACCACAGCACAGAGGACUCCAAUGGAGGCAAUGAUUCUGAACGGCUGAGCGUGGAGAGUGCAGAAGACGCCCUCGUGGUCAUCGGAAGCCCAGAGCACUGUGAUGACUCAGCUAGGGAGCCUCCAGAUACUCAGCCAGUGGAAGACUCACCCCCCACCUCUCCUCCGUCUUCUCCCUUGGCCAUUCCUCCGUCCAUGCCCUUCCCUCCCAUGUCCCCUACUUCUCCUUCCCCCCCACUGUCUUCCACAGGGACAGUAAUUCAGCCACCGCACAUGUCCUCAGCGGACAUCACUGACUCUCACUCGUCGACCAUCUUGGCCUCCUCACCUCCUGUGUGCCCUCCGUCCGUGCAGGUUCCAGCAGCAAUCUUCAAUGACCAUGCGCUCCUGCAGUUCUCAGAAGUGACUCAGGCAACCAUUCCUCCAAAUGUAGAUUUGCUCUCUUCUCCUCAAGUGCACUAUACAGAAUCAUUUGGGCUUAUACCUGAGCCUUUCCCAAGGUCACAGCAGGAGCAGCCUGCCUCAGUGAGAGAGAAUAUUGAUGGGACACCUUUAAGCAGCCCAGCUGAGCGUGGGAGUGACAGUGGGCGCCGAAGGCCAAGGGUGCAGGAGCCACCUGCAUGGGUGCCUGAUCAGCAGGCUCCGAGAUGCAUGGCAUGCGGGGCAGCUUUCACUAUGGUUCGCAGAAGACAUCACUGCCGAAAUUGUGGAAAGGUGUUCUGUGCACACUGCAGCCAGCAUGCAGUUCCUCUUCCACACUAUGGAAUCUGGAAAGCAGUUAGAGUGUGUAAUGUUUGCUUCCUGUACUAUGUCACAUUCUCCACCGAGACCCCCACCCCUGCGUCCUGACCCCCUCAUGCAGCUGAUCAACUGGAUCCUCACUGCCAUCUGCACCGUUUGUGCCAUCAGUAUCAGCAAGAUCACUGAUUCCAAACACUUGUCUUGGUAAUGUGAUCAGCUUAUUCCUGCAAGUCUCCUCACAUUGGGUUUACUCAUUUAUUACUAACAUAAAACUUAUUGACAUCAACCUUUAGAGGGAACUAUGUUUUCCUAAGUGACCAAUGCAACACCACCACUUAGCCAUCACCUGUGUGUGCCCAUCUCCUCUUUUUCAUUGACAGAUGAUUCUCAGGAGUCACUCGAGUGACAGCACCUGUGCCAUCUCAUACCAUAAACUUUUAAAUGGUUAUGGAAUGUUGGUUGCAGCCUGGUGAAGAGAGUAUGGAUGUUAAUCCAUUAGUUUAGUUGAAACAUCAUCAGUAAUAUACAUUGCCAGCAUCUUAGCCUCAAGUUGAUGCCUUAUUCUUUACAUAUUUUAGGAAACCAUGGGUGUCUUGCAAUACAAACCUUAACUGGCACAUAAUGAACAAAUAUCUGUGUAGGAAGAUAUUGUUGGAAGUAGCAAGCAUGUUUACAGUGCUGGAUACUGUGUAUCCAUUAAGACUUCAACAUGAGUUUUUUCUUUCUUUUACUUCAGAUAACUUUUCAAUAGACAGAGAUGACUUUAAUAUGUCAAUAGUACAGGCCUCCAUGGCAUGAUUUUAGAAUUAAAGUUUCCUUUACUUUAUGUAUGUAUAUGAUGCUUAUGUAUGUGUGAGUAUGUUGUGUAAAUAGCUAUAUAUAGAGAGAUAUAUAUAUAUAUUACUUCCCCCAUCAUCUGUCUUCAUUUUGCAAAAGGUUUAUCGUUUCUGAGUUUUUUAUGUGCGAGAGUGAAAGAAUCUGCCAACCAUUCAAUGUUCAGAUUGUUGAGAAAAAUAAAAGUAUAAAAAAAAUUGCUGGUAGAAUUAUAAAUAAUGACAGGUAUUAUAUUGGCCAAUACAUGUUCAAUAAGCUCAUAGACUUGCAUAAGUGGAAGUGACAGCAGCAGAAAAAAAUUGAAAUGCUGUUCAAAUGACAGGCAAAAUUAGCAAAAGUGGGUCCAUGGCAGCUUUCAAGCUGUCAUCAAAGGAAUCUCUUCUGCACCUGUUAUCAUUUACAGCUUCAGCUUUCCUUGUUUUCAGAGAGGAACCUUAUAGUUCUUGGUCCAUUGCUGCUUUGGUCAACUUCAUUUUAUGCUUGUCAUGAGUUUCCUAAUCCUGUCUAGCCUUCACUGUUCUUCAGGUACAUUGUAUUGCAGUUUGUAUCUUUCCUUCAUUUUGUCAAGAACAUUUGCUCUCAUUAUGUUUCACAGUAAUUAAACAAACUUGUACAAAUGUGCAUGUAUGUACAUGCUCUCCCAAAGGUAUAAAUGCACAAAUAAAGACAAACAAAGAAAUUUUUAAACAUAAGCAUGAACACAUUUGUACACACACACUUCAUUGUACACUUGAUGUAAUGCAAUUAUGUUCAUAGCAAUUUAUUUCACUUUUGUGAUAUGUACUGAAGUUAGGAAAGGAAAUAAUUUUGUUUGCAUUUUUCUUUUUUGAUUGAAAACAUUCACAUGCCUGUUAAGGACUUGGAGCAGUGUGUUUACUUCUACUGUAAAUGCUUUGUCAUAUGAUGUGAGUGGAAGAAAGAGCAAAUGAUCUGUUAAGUUAUAAGAACAUUUGUACAGGAAAAAGUGACUAGAUUACUUCUUGGCAGUGAGAAUUAGUAUAUUUAAAUAGUGAGCUAUUAUUUGGUAUGUGCAAAAGAAUAAAUGUCUUGUUUACCUAGGCUUUGUAACAAGAAUGAAAGGUGUUUAAACAAAGUGUUGGCUCAUGCUCUGUUUAACCAGCCUUGUAUUGUGAUAUAUACUUAGUAUGACCAGGUCAUUUCCUAGUAUUGGCAUACACAUAUUAUGAUUAUUAUUGCUAAGCAUUAUUUUGUACUUGUAUGAGAAGGUCACAUCAUAGCAUUUUUGUGAUUUCUAAUGAUAAUGUAAUGCCUACUUGGAUAUGUACUUAUUGUGAUUGUGACUGUCAAGUACAAAUCCUUGUGGAGGCACUUCUAAAUUGCUUAAUAACAUUUCAUUUGACUUGAAUGACUAUGGUGGCCAAGUGAUCUGAGACUUUGAUUAAAAAUAUCUAGUCUUUGAGUUGAAUCCUGGCUUUUACUACAUUCAGAAAUCUCUGUGAAUCCAUUCAUGGUAGAGUUAGUGGUUGGUUCCUGAAAAUCAUUAAAGUUUUGAUAAUA